AUGCGCAAAGGAGCUCCGGACGAAUUUAUUAAAUUGGUGGAGAAUCAGUAUAUGGGAGCAUUUACCAGCCUAUCGUAUGCUGAUAAGAGUUCGUUGCUGAUCAAACUGAAGAAGGGAGUGAAACAAGGCGAUUCGAUCUCUUCAAUAUUAUUCAACCUAGUACUCGAUGAACUUUUCGAGAUACUAGGCGAUCGCUUUGGAUAUAAUCUCGAGGGAGUGGGAAAGGCAAAUGCCAUGGCAUUCGCUGAUGAUUUGGCAUUGGUGUCUGGCUCUAGAAUCGGGCUACAAUGUUUACUGGAUACAACAGUCGACUUUUUAGCAGCGAGAGGAGGUAAAAAACCAAAAGUGGCUACACAGCCAAUGUUUGACGUGAAAGGAGAAAGUAUCUCGAUGCUAGGCUAUUCCGACACCGUUAAAUACCUUGGGAUUCAAUUUACAUCAUUAGGUGCAGUGGACAGUAAAGUUACAGUGGAUGCUAUUAAAGCAUCACUGAAAGCGUUGAAAGUAUCUGCUCUAAAGCCACAUCAAAAACUGUAUAUGCUUCGGUUCCAUCUGGUACCACGACAUUUGGCGCAGUCUCGGGUUCCGCUCGGGCGAACUCGGAUUGAUGGCGGUGCGGUGUGUGGAAGACAGUCUGAAGAUGGUGACGACGUUCAUGCAUAG